GUGUCCCCGGCACCCUGGAGGUCCAGCCCCUCCACUGCCGACCCCUGCCACUCCAGCCCUACCCCCAGCCAGGCCCGCAGUGAUGGAAAACACCACCUCCGAGGCCCCCGCCUGUGGUCCAGAGGAGACCUCGUCUGAGUCUGCCAAGGUGCCCGCCACGGAGCCUCCCGGAGAAGUGGCGGCACCAGAGCCCCCCGGGGAAGAGCAGGCUCCCCAGCCACAGGAGCCUGCCUCACAGGCCCCCACGGCCCCCGCGGCCACUAAGCCUGUACCCGCAAGCGAAGACAUCCCCAGCGCCCCGCUGCUGCUGACCCUGGAGGACGUGAGCCACAGCUCCGUGACCGUGAGCUGGGAGCCCCCCGAGAGGCUAGGGAGGCUGGGCCUCCAGGGCUAUGUGCUGGAGCUCUGCCGAGAGGGAGCCUCGGAAUGGGUGCCCGUGAACGCCCGGCCCGUGAUGGUGACCCAGCAGACUGUGCGGAACCUGGCCCUGGGGGACAAGUUCUUCCUGCGUGUGUCCGCAGUGAGCUCCGCGGGGGCCGGCCCCCCCGCCACGCUGGACCAGCCCGUCCACAUCCAAGAGAGCGUCGAGGCCCCCAAGAUCCGUGUGCCCCGCCACCUUCGUCAGACCUACAUCCGCCAGGUGGGAGAGGCGGUCAACCUGCAAAUCCCCUUCCAGGGGAAGCCCAAGCCUCAGGCCUCAUGGACCCACAACGGCCACGCCCUGGACAGCCAGCGGGUGAGCGUGCGCACGGGGGACCAGGACUCCAUCCUCUUCAUCCGCUCGGCCCAGCGCUCUGACUCGGGCCGCUACGAGCUCACGGUGCGGCUGGAAGGCCUGGAGGCCAAGGCAGCCAUUGACAUCCUGGUGAUCGAGAAGCCUGGAGCCCCCAGCAGCAUCAGGCUCCUGGACGUGUGGGGCUGCAAUGCCGCGCUGGAGUGGACGCCGCCCACGGACACGGGCAACACAGAGCUGCUGGGCUACACCGUGCAGAAGGCGGACAGGAAGACAGGGCAAUGGUUCACGGUGCUGGAGCGCUUCCACUCGACCACCUGCACCAUCUCCGACCUCAUCGUCGGCAACUCCUACUCCUUCCGGGUCUUCUCGGAGAACCUGUGCGGACUCAGCGCCUCGGCCGCGGUCACCAAGGGGCUUGCCCACAUCCAGAAGGCAGACAUUGCUGCCAAACCUAAAGGGUUCAUGGAGCGAGACUUCUCAGAAGCCCCCUCGUUCACCCAGCCCCUGGCGGACCACAGCUCCACCCCCGGCUACAGCACGCAGCUGUUCUGCAGCGUCCGAGCGUCGCCCAAGCCCAAGAUCAUCUGGAUGAAGAACAACAUGGAGAUCCAGGGCGAUCCCAGGUACCGCACCCUCUCUGACCAAGGCAUCUGCACCCUGGAGAUCCGGAAACCCAGCCCCUUUGACUCCGGCGUCUACACCUGCAAGGCCGUCAACGUGCUGGGGGAGGCAUCUGUGGACUGCCGGCUGGAGGUCAAAGCCUCGGCCACUCACUGAACAGCUGAGCCGCGGGAGGAGGCUGGGAUGAGGACCCAGGCGCCCCAGGCCCAGAAUCAAACGCCACCAGUGCCCAGGACUCCUGUUUCCAUAGCAACAGCCGAUGGAGCUGCGCCCGGUGCCUGCUGGCACCCACCCCCAGGGGCUGGAGUCCCGGCCUCAGGAGGGGGCCUGGCCGGCCCCAGCCGGGGGGCGCGGAGAGCGGAGCACCCAGAGAGUGUGUGCUGGGCGAGGGGCACGCGAAUAAACAGGUGUGGUGUUAC